AUGGGAAAAAACUUCAAGGAUGAAUGUGAGGAAGAGCCCAUACCAGAGUUGAUCAUAUGUGGUUUGGUUGGUAAAGAGAGUAUUAUUAGCUUUCAUGUUUCACUUCUGAGUUACAGGAAAAUAUGGGGCAUGGGAGACUUUGAAUUUGGCAAACCACUUGGGAAGGGGAGAUUUGGAGCAGUCUACUUGGCCAGAGAGAAAAAGACCCACUUCAUCUUGGCUUUAAAAGUCAUAUUCAAGUCUGCCUUGGAGAAAGCUCAGCUGGAACAUCAGCUUCGAAGAGAGAUAGAAAUCCUAAGUCAUCUCAGACAUCCAAAUAUUUUAAGGAUGUAUAACUACUUUCAUGAUCAGACACGGAUUUUUCUGAUGCUGGAAUAUGCUCCAGAGGGGGAGCUGUACAAGGAGUUACAAAAAAAAGUUCGAUUUGAUGAUAAUAGAACAGCUACAUAUAUUGAAGAAAUAGCUGAUGCUCUGAUAUACUGCCAUGCUCAGAAAGUGAUCCACAGAGAUAUCAAGCCUGAAAACCUCCUUUUAGGAUUAAGAGGAGAGCUGAAGUUGGCAGACUUUGGCUGGUCAGUGCAUGCUCCUUCACUAAGGAGGACAACACUUUGCGGCACCACAGACUAUCUUGCUCCAGAAAUGAUCGAGGGGAGUCCCCAUGAUGAAAAUGUUGAUGUGUGGUGUGUUGGCGUCCUUUGUUAUGAGUGUCUUGCAGGAUAUGCACCUUUUGAAGCACCAACUCGUAUGGAGACAUUCAGACGAAUACAGGAGGUGAACUUUAAAUUUCCACCUUGGAUAUCAGAUGGAGCCAAGGAUCUAAUUGCUAAAGUCCUUAACCGUACACCCUCUAUGAGACUUCCUCUGAAAGAGAUAAUGGAACAUCAGUGGGUUAAGACAAAGUCAAGAAGAAUCUUGCCACCUGCCUACAAUGAAGUAAGAGAGCAAAUGUUUAUGGUGUCUCCUAAAGGCUCAUAACUCAUUUUCUUUGCAAAUCUCUCUUGCAGCCUUUUAGAUGCCUAGCUGCUGUAGUUCACAGCUUUUGAAUCACCGUUGUAAAUGUGCUUUCUCCCAAACACUCUUAUUUAAAUGAAUUAUUACUACUACUGGUAAUAAUAUUUCAUAUUGACUGAUUUUGUAAUGUGGGGGUAUCAGUCUUUAAUGUA